UCCUUCUCCUACAGAAAAAAGAGACGUCUAUCUUUGCCUUCUUUCGAUCCAUUCAAUCUCUCGUCAUCUCUUCGGAUCGGUGAGUCCAUCGAUCGGUCCAUCUCGUUGUUGGUGUUGUUUGCUUUCGAUUUUUAGGGUUCUGAGGCCUCUGCUCUUGAUGGGGAGCGAGAGGUAUCAAGAAGGGCAGGUGGAUGAUGAUGAAUACGCGAAGCUCAUCAGGAAGAUGAAUUCUCCAAGGGUUGGAAUAGACAAUGAUGCUUGUGAUCACGCUACAAUUGUCCAAGUCGAUUGUGUGUGUAAACAUGGGAUCCUUCUUGAGCUUGUUCAAGUCCUUACUGAUCUAAACCUUGUCAUCAAGAAGGCCUACAUAACUUCUGAUGCAAGCUGGUUCAUGUUUGUCUUCAAUGUCACUGAUGGAGCGGGAAACAAGCUUCAGGACCAUAAGACCCUCAAUUAUUUGAAAACAGCACUCGAGUCGAGUGCUUGUUCCAUCACUUCGCUCCCUAGUUCAGUUGACAUCCUUCCCUCAAAGGAUUUCACUUUGAUCGAGCUAACUGGGAAUGACAGACCAGGUCUUCUAUCGGAGGUCUGCGCCGUCCUCAAAGACCUGCACUGCAAUGUAGUGAAAGCUGAGGUAUGGACCCAUAACACCCGAGCUGCCGCCGUAAUCCAAGUCGCCGAUGAGUCCACCCUUCAGGCCAUCGAGGAUCGAAACCGAUUGUCGAGAAUCAAAGACCUCUUGUACAACGUCCUCAAGGGUGACAGCCACACUAGUAGAGCCAAGAUGGUGGUCUCCGAGGGUCUUGCCCACACCGAGAGGAGGCUGCACCGGUUGAUGUUCGACGACCGCGAUUACGAGCAAACUGGAGUGGCAAAAGGACCUAAGAAAUCAAGGUCACAAGUCACCGUUACCAAUUGCGUGGACAGGCACUACACGGUAGUCAUGUUGAGGUCCAAGGAUCGACCAAAGCUUCUAUUUGAUACUCUUUGUACGCUCUCUGAUAUGCACUAUUUGGUGUUCCAUGCCUCCAUUGAUGCAACAAGGAGCGAAGCCUAUCAGGAAUUCUAUUUGCGGCACAGCGAUGGCCACUCGGUGAGUUCAGAAACCGAACAGCAUCAAAUCAUACGGUGUCUUGAGGCAGCUAUCGAGAGACGAGUAUCUGAGGGACUAGAACUGGAGCUGCACGCUGACGACAGGAUUGGGCUUUUAUCGGAUAUCACUCGGGUGUUUCGCGAGUAUGGCCUGUGCAUCCGAAGAGCAGCGAUAGCAACGGAUGGCGGCAAGGCGUUCGACACUUUCUAUGUUUCGGAGACGGCAAGCAAUCGUGUUGAUGCCAAGACCAUAGAUUGCAUAAGGAGACAGAUAGGGCAGACAAUUCUGAGAGUGAAGCAAACCCCUAGUUUAUCUCCGAAACCUAGUGGAGAAGCAGAGGCCAGUGCCACCAGUCUUCUUCUUAGGGUUUUCUUCAAGGUGUGUUCAUUUCACAAUGUCAGAGUUUGAUCAUUGGAUUGGUUCAAAUGCAGGAUGGUCGGCUUUGUUGUACAUUCUUCCUCUAUGGAAUGCCUACAAUGUUGUACAGAUA